AUGCCACAAAAUGAAUAUAUCGAGUUACACCGUAAGCGCUAUGGAUAUCGUUUGGAUUACCAUGAGAAAAAGAGAAAGAAGGAAGGUCGAGAGGCUCAUGAACGUUCAAAGAAGGCAAAAAAGAUGAUUGGUCUGAAAGCUAAGCUCUACCAUAAACAGCGCCAUGCUGAGAAAAUACAAAUGAAAAAGACUAUUAAGAUGCAUGAAAAGAGAAACACCAAACAGAAGAAUGAUGAAAAGACUCCACAAGGAGCAGUACCUGCAUAUCUACUGGACCGAGAGGGACAGUCUCGAGCUAAAGUACUUUCCAAUAUGAUUAAACAGAAACGAAAAGAGAAAGCGGGAAAAUGGGAGGUCCCUCUGCCCAAAGUUCGUGCCCAGGGAGAAACAGAAGUAUUAAAAGUUAUUCGAACAGGAAAGAGAAAGAAGAAAGCCUGGAAGAGGAUGGUUACUAAAGUCUGCUUUGUUGGAGAUGGCUUUACUCGAAAACCACCUAAGUAUGAAAGAUUCAUUAGGCCAAUGGGAUUACGUUUCAAGAAGGCUCAUGUAACACAUCCUGAACUGAAAGCCACCUUUUGCUUGCCAAUACUUGGUGUAAAGAAGAAUCCCUCAUCCCCACUGUAUACAACUUUGGGUGUUAUUACCAAAGGAACCGUCAUUGAGGUGAAUGUGAGCGAGUUGGGCCUUGUAACACAAGGAGGCAAAGUCAUCUGGGGAAAAUAUGCCCAGGUUACCAAUAAUCCUGAAAAUGAUGGAUGCAUAAAUGCAGUCUUACUGGUUUGA